GAGGAUCAAGGCGUCAUAACAAAGGUAACUGAACCUACAGAAUGGUCCAGCCACAUGGUUACCGUUGUUAAAGGAGACAAAGUCCGAAUUUGCCUGGAUCCAACGGCGCUCAAUCAAGCCAUACUCCGUGAAAACUAUCCCAUGCCAACGUUAGAGGAUGUCGCUCCUAGGCUUGCCGGAGCAAAAUUCUUUUCCACGCUUGAUGCAGCUUCAGGGUUUUGGCAAAUUCGGCUUAGCGAGUCGAGCUCCAAACUUUGCACCAUGAGCACUCCGUAUGGUCGCUAUCGGUUUCUUCGCAUGCCGUUUGGAAUAGCUUCGGCCCCAGAAGUUUUCCAAGCAGCAAUGCACCGUGUUUUAGAAGGCUUGUCCUGUGUGGCGGUUGUGAUGGAUGACGUAUUAGUAUGGGGCAGCACUAAAGACGAACACGACCACAGCUUAAAACUUGUGUUGUCCCGUUGUCAACAGCACAACCUUCGACUUAACCCAAAGAAGAGUGCGUUUCUGCAGCCGGAGGUCCGGUACCUGGGACACAUCUUCACUACAGAAGGCCUACGCCUGGAUCCGGAGAGGGUACAAGACAUACUUGGAAUGCCUGAACCGUCGAACAAGAAAGAACUGCAAGUAUUUCUUGGUACGAUGAAUUUCGUGCAGCGAUUCAUUCCCAACAUGUCGGUGGUAACCGCGCCGCUUCGAACACUGUUGCGCAAAGAUAUUGCAUGGGACUACGUUUUUGGUCAGGCAGAAGUGAUUGUAGAGACCGACCACAGGCCUUUGGUACCGAUACUUAGCAAGCCGCUGCAUCAGUGCCCCCUCCGGUUGCAACGCAUGAGGCUGACCUUGCAGCGCUAUCCGAUCAAACUGGUGUAUAAGCCACGCAAAGAACUUUUUCUUGCGGAUGCUUUAUCGCGUUUUCCGAGCAAAGUGAGCAUGUGCGAGGAAACUGAUCAGUUUCAAGUCAAUGUGCUGGAAUUUGUUUCAGCCUCAGAAGCUCGUCUAAAAAGUAUUCUCGCAGCAACAAACAACGAUACCGUUCUCUCCCAGCUGCGGGAAUAUGCGCUGACCAGUUGGCCUGACAAGCACGAGGUUCCAGAAGUAAUCCGCCCCUACUGGCCUUAUCAGGAGGAGAUACACGCACAGGACGGUCUUCUAUUUCGCAGCAACAAGGAAAUAAAGGAAUUUCGCCACAUCACUGCUAACCAGCUGAAGUCUUGGUGCGUCGAACUUUUUUCGGUUCAUGGAUUACCGCUUAAACUGUGCAGCGAUAACGGGCCGCCAUUGAACAGCACAGAAUUCAAAGACUUUUUAUAUGGGCUCGGCAUUACCCACGUAACGUCAAGCCCAUAUCAUCCACGGUCCAAUGGUAUGACGGAGAGGGCCGUGCAAGAAGCCAAAAAUCUACUAAAGAAGGGUUCUCUUAGAACGCCAGAUUUCCAGAUGGCUCUGCUUGAAUGGCGUAAUACUCCACGCGAUGCUGUUUUGAAGUCCCCUGUGCAGAGACUCGUGGGAAGGCAGACGAGGACCCUGCUGCCUGUACCCGCAAGCCACCUGGUGCCGGAGAUUGUGCCCAACCGAGCCGUCCAUAACCGUCUCCAGGAAAUCCGCCAACGCCAGAGGAUCUACUACAACCGCCACUCCAGGAACCUGCCACCCCUGUCUCCUGGCCAGAGAGUGACUGCAUACGAUACCCAUAAGAAGACCUGGGCACCUGCGGUCUUUCUGAGGCCAGCUGAGACGCCGCGCUCCGUGGUGCUGAAGACUGAAGAGGGCCAGGAAAUUAGGCGCACUCGUGAGCAUCUGCGAGACGCGCCUUCACAUCCCGAAGAGAGUCCUUGUGCCGGGUCCGAACGACUAGACGACGCCCAGCCCACCCAAGAGCUACGUAGAAGCACAAGGCCACGCCGGGAGCCUUGCCGUUACCCCCAACCAGAAAGACCAUUGUAA